AUGCAUGGUGCAGCUCCACUCCUGGUACCAUAUUUGGCUGAAGCUGGCCACAUUUGCCCAACGACGCACAACCCCGCGGACUUCGUCUUGGAAACUCUACUGGGCGAUAUUGAAGCGCCUGCGCAGUUAUCAGAACUAUGUCAGAACGGCAAAUUGUGCAGGAAACUAGACAGGAUAACAGCGAAAGGAGGCAGAAAACCGGUACUGCACUCGGACGAGUCUAUACAAAGAAUAUUCGUGGAGCACGUUGCCAAAGAGCAAAUGCAAAAAAUGGAGUUUCCCACCACUUUCUUGACCCAAUUCCUUAUUUUAAGUAAACGAAUGUUUUUGCAGACGAGUAGGAAUUCGCUGCUGGAGUGGAAUCGAUUUGUACUAUUUAGCAUCAGCGGCAUACUUACUGCGGUCUGUUCUGAAGGUCUAGGUCUUGCUGUCGGCUCUGCAUUUAGCGUUACCAACGGCUCAAUCAUCGGCCCUGCUAUCGCCGCGCCUCUUCUUGCACUGUGUUGCUACGGUAUGGGCUUCGGACCAUACAUAGAGACCAGCAUGAAGUUCUUAAUGUCUGCAUCAUAUUUACGAUACGGCCUCUCUGGAUUCUCUCUGGCACUGUACGAAAAUCGUGCCAACAUGGAAUGUAAAGCCGAGUUUUGUUUAUACUCCAACCCGAAGCUCAUAUUGCGAGAUGUAGGAAUGACCAAUGAUAGUUACAUCAUUCAAGUGGUGGGGCUACUCAUAUUCACUUUCAUUCAUAGAUUGGUAGCGUAUUUUGCGUUACGAUAUCGGCUAACUAAUGAAUUUUCUAACAAAUUUAUGACGUAUGUGAGCAAGUUCUUAAAGCAUAGAUGA